ACAUACAGUAUGCUGCUGAAACUGGCCUGUGUGCUGCUGCUGGCAGCUAGCGCCUACGGAUGUGGCACCCCCACCUACGAGCCCAACACCAGCAGGGUGGUGAACGGGGAGGACGCCCGCGCACACAGCUGGCCCUGGCAGAUCUCUAUGCAGGUUAAGCAUGGCAGCCGCUGGCACCACACCUGCGGUGGCACUCUGAUCGCUCCUCGCUGGGUCCUCACCGCUGGACACUGUGUCUUCCCCGGGGAUGUGUACCGCAUAGUGAUGGGAGAGCAUAGCAUGAGUGCUCAGGAGGGCACGGAGCAGAUCAGGGAUGUGCUGCGCAUCGUCGUUCACCCCAACUGGAACAUCGAAUGUGUGGCCUGCGGCAAUGACAUGGCCCUGCUGAAGCUGGAUAAGGCUCCCAUCAUGAAUGACAGUGUGCAGGAGGCCUGCCUUCCCCAGGCUGGAGAGAUCCCCGCCCACAACCAGCCAUGCUACAUCUCUGGAUGGGGCAACCUCUACACUCAUGGUCCCAUGCCCGAUAAGCUGCAGCAGGCUCUGCUGCCCGUGGUGGAGCACAGCGUGUGCAGCCAGAAGGACCACUGGGGCAUGGUCGUCAAGCCCACAAUGAUCUGCGCCGGUGGAGACAUCAAGUCUGGCUGCAACGGAGACUCUGGUGGCCCUCUGAACUGCAAGGGUGCCGAUGGCAAGUGGUACCUCCAGGGUGUGACCAGCUUCGUGUCCUCCAGUACCUGUAACGAGGUGAAGAAGCCCACCGUCUUCACCCGCGUCUCCGCCUUCACCGACUGGCUCAGCAGCGUCAUGCUGAAGUACUAAGCAUUUGACAGAAGAACGUUCCAGCAACUCAAGAGACAACAAAGUGGUA